GGGAGUGGUUUCCAGUCAUGCCACCAUGUACGUACAAAGAGCCAAUUAAUUUUAGCUAGAAUCUAGAGCCUAUAAAUAGCGCUAUAGCUGGCUCGACUGACCGUAGACUCAGAAAUGGCAACCCAAAGAGUAGAAGUGUUUAAGUUUCCCAGGACCAAGCACCUGUUCAAUGCUGGAGCUGGAGGUACUGGAGUAUCCAGAGAUGACCUGCUUAUGGAUUCUGGGCAGGAGAACAUGUUCUAUACACCAGCCCAGAGAAAGCAGGGCAAACCGGCUACCAAGAUCCUUGUUGCCAUGGAGGAGAAAGUGGACGGUGCAAACCUUGGUAUAUCGCUGGGAGAAAAUAUGGAAAUCUGUGUACAAAACAGAUCACAUUUUGUGAACUCACAAACACAUAGGCAAUUUUCUACCCUGGACUCAUGGCUGUCGGAACAUUCGGGAGAGCUAUACGAUAUAUUAGAUUCUGGAAAAAACAUCUUGUUUGGUGAAUGGUUGUAUGCAAAACACUCGAUUCACUAUACUAGACUCCCUGGAUACUUUAUGGCAUUUGAUUUGUACAGUUUCAAAGAAGGGAAGUUUUACAGUUGGCGGGAGAGAAACAGACGGUUAAAAGACACUACCAUUCCUGUGGUUAGACAAAUUGCAGAGACCACUCUUUCUGGAAGAGAUGAUGUACGGAUGUGGCUUGAUACUCCCAGUGCAUUCUACGAUGGGCCAUGUGAGGGCGUGUACCUCCGUGUUGAUGAAGACGCUAAUUACCCUGAGGGGGCAGUGGUGGGUGGACCAUACUGUAAGUAUCGGGGCAAGCUAGUGCGAUCAGACUUCCUUCAGGGCAUUGAAGAGCAGUGGACAAGACAAAAGCUGACUAAGAACAUUGUUAGAUACUAGCUAUUAUUGUUACCCCUGCACGUGCGUGUGCAGCAGGGCAGUGAUUAGUGUGUGUGUACAUAUUGACAGUUGAGACUUGUGG